ACGCCUUUCAUCACAUUACCGAACUUGAAUUGUUCAGGUCUUGAUUGGCAUUUGCCCUCAGAAUAUUCGUAACCGACCAGAGUAGCUACACUUAGCUCCCAAAUCCCAGCAAAGAUGUCGUACCAGAAGCCCGAGAAGGAGUUUGGCGAAGGACCAAAAAUCCACAAGAUCCGUAUCACCUUGACCUCGCGCAAGGUCACUUCUUUGGAGAAGGUCUGCCAGGAGCUCAUCGACCGUGCUCGCUCUAAGUCUCUCUAUGUCAAGGGUCCUGUCCGCCUGCCAACCAAGACUCUCCGCAUCUCCACCCGUAAGACUCCUAACGGUGAGGGUUCCAAGACCUGGGAUCAGUUUGAGAUGAGAAUCCACAAGCGUUUGAUCGAUCUCCACGCUCCAACCGAGAUCGUCAAGCAGAUCAUCGUCAACAUCGAGGCCGGUGUCGAGGUCGAGGUCACUAUUGCUCAAUAAAUGGGUUGGGAAGGUC